AUGAAUACGAUAAGAAAAAAGAAGAUAAACGACAGGAAUAGACUCAACGCAACAGAAGUAGAAACAAGAACGGCAGCACCAGCUUACACUAGAGCAGCACCAGGGGGAGACGCGUCAACACCCAAGGAAGGCCAGGCAGAAGCCACACCAGGCGGAGACCCUGCAGUAAGGCAGCAACAAGAGUGCCACACGUCACGAGAGCCACGACACGUAAAACUUGCUCACAAUAUAGACGGUCGCCGCAGUGCCACAAGUCGAGACAACAGCAGUGCCAUCAGCACCAGGACCCCAGACACUGCUACACCCACUGCUACAACCACUGCUACACCCACUGCUACAACCACCACUACAACCACCACUACAACCACCACUACAACCACCACUACAACCACUGCUACCACUGCUACAACCACCACUACAACCACCACUACAACCACUGCUACAACUACUGCUACAACCACCACUACAACCACUGCUACAACCACCACUACAACCACUACUACAACCACUGCUACAACCACUACUACAACCACUACUACAACCACAACUACAACCACUACUACAACCACCACUACAACCACUGCUACAACCACCACUACAACCACUGCUACAACCACUACUACAACCACCACUACAACCACUACUACAACCACAACUACAACCACUACUACAACCACCACUACAACCACUGCUACAACCACUACUACAACCACUACUACAACCACUACUACAACCACUACUACAACCACCACUACAACCACCACUACACCCACUGCUACACCCACUGCUACACCCACUACUACAACCACUACUACAACCACCACUACAACCACUACUACAACCACUACUACAACCACCACUACAACCACUACUACAACCACCACUACAACCACCACUACAACCACUACUACAACCACCACUACAACCACCACUACAACCACUACUACAACCACCACUACAACCACCACUACAACCACUACUACAACCACCACUACAACCACCACUACAACCACCACUACAACCACCACUACAACCACCACUACAACCACCACUACAACCACCACUACAACCACCACUAUAACCACCAGUACAACCACUACUACAACCACCACUAUAACCACUACUACAACCACUACUACAACCACUACUACAACCACCACUAUAACCACCAGUACAACCACCACUACAACCACCACUACAACCACCCCUACAACCACCACUACAACCACCACUACAACCACCACUACAACCACCACUAUAACCACUACUACAACCACCACUACAACCACCACUACAACCACCACUACAACCACCACUACAACCACUACUACAACCACCACUACAACCACUACUACAACCACUACUACAACCACCACUACAACCACCACUAUAACCACCAGUACAACCACCACUACAACCACCACUACAACCACCACUAUAACCACCAGUACAACCACUACUACAACCACCACUACAACCACCACUACAACCACCACUACAACCACCACUACAACCACCACUACAACCACCACUACAACCACUACUACAACCACCACUAUAACCACCAGUACAACCACUACUACAACCACUACUACAACCACCACUACAACCACCACUAUAACCACCAGUACAACCACCACUACAACCACUACUACAACCACCACUAUAACCACCAGUACAACCACCACUACAACCACCACUACAACCACCACUACAACCACUACUACAACCACCACUAUAACCACCAGUACAACCACCACUACAACCACCACUACAACCACCACUAAAACCACCAGUACAACCACCACUACAACCACCACUACAACCACCACUACAACCACCACUACAACCACCACUACAACCACCACUACAACCACUACUACAACCACCACUAUAACCACCAGUACAACCACUACUACAACCACUACUACAACCACCACUACAACCACCACUAUAACCACCAGUACAACCACUACUACAACCACCACUAUAACCACCAGUACAACCACCACUACAACCACUACUACAACCACCACUACAACCACUACUACAACCACUACUACAACCACUACUACAACCACCACUAUAACCACCAGUACAACCACCACUACAACCACCACUACAACCACCACUACAACCACUACUACAACCACCACUACAACCACUACUACAACCACUACUACAACCACCAGUACA